CUCCCAUACUGCAAGUGCAAAGCACUGGAUCUUGAGUUUCUCCAUGUUCAAUUAAUCGAUCAGGAGGAAAAAGAAACAGAGUAACAAAAUUUACCAGAAUCGAAAUCUCCACAAGAGCAACAGCGCCGCUUCCGCUUUGAUCACUGGAAAAGCUUUUGCACUUUCCAGAUCCAAACGGCUUUAGCCAAAUUUUGGAUGACGAAGGGCUGGAGGAACGAAUUCGGAACAUGGUGAUCGAGUGAGAUUUGACUGGAAUAUAUACAGGGCCAAAGUGGAGAAAUGAUGGAUGUGGAGAGAUCCUCGUUGUGCAAUUGCGUGGUGAAUUUCUUGCUGGAGGAGAAUUACGUGCUGACGGCGUUCGAAUUGCUCCACGAGCUGCUCGACGACGGCAGGGAUCACCACGCCAUUCGGCUCAAGGAGUUCUUCUCCGAUCCUUCCAACUUCCCUCCCGAUCAGAUCUCCCGCCUCAACUCUCUCCGAGUUGCAGACCCGCAGAGUUUGCUAGAGGAGAAAGAAGCAACGCAAGAAAAAUUGGCCCUCAGUGAAUACGAGCUGCGGUUGGCACAAGAGGACAUUUCGAAAUUGAAGUCUGAGUUACAGAAGAGAGUGGAGUUAUCUCCAACUCAGUUGACUGAGUCGACGCCUGAUGCCGCUGGGAGUCCAGGAUCAGAUCUUCUAAAAAGAAAAAAGGAUGGUUCUUCCUUUGACUUGGGUCCUCUGAACAAUAACGAGCGUAGAGAUCUUAAUUGUGCUGUACAGGAAUAUCUACGACUGGCUGGAUACCGUCUUACUGCUAUGACAUUUUACGAAGAAGUUACAGAUCAGAAUUUAGAUGUUUGGCAGAACACUCCUGCUAGUGUGCCAGAUGCCUUGCGGCAUUACUACUACCAGUACCUUUCAUCCACAUCAGAGGCAGCUAAGGAAAAAGUUGCCAUGAUUCGAGAAAAUGAAUCUUUGCUGAAAUCAAGUGAGAUAUUGAAUGAAGAAAAGGGGAGGCUUCUUAAAAACAAGGAGUUGGCGGAUAAUCAAAUAAGUGGUUUGACCAAGUCACUAGAAACCUUUCAAAAGGAUGUCAAAGACAAGGAGAACCAGAUAAAACGGUUGAAGCAGUCACUGGAGCACCAAAGAAAGGAACUCAAUGACUGCAGGUCAGAAAUCACUUCAUUGAAGAUGCAUAUCGAGGGAUAUCGUUCCGGUAGGAAUGUGAUGGCUAGUGAUACUGACACUGCUGAAACCCAGUCAAUUGAAAAGUGUAAGGAAGAAAUAAAGAUUUUGCAUCUAGAAAUAGAGAAGUUGAAAGCUAAAAGUACCACUUCUCCCGAGUCUGUGGAGAGAACCGACUCUGGAAAAGAGUCUGUGCAACCUGAAGAGAAAGUUGUUGAAAUUGAUGAAGAGACACCUCUAAUCUCUCAUCCAACUGAUGCUGAAAGUGUUAAACAAGAUGUUCCUCCGCUUGUUGGAGAUAUGACUAAGCCUGAGGGAUUUCCACAAGAUAGUACAGGAAGUUUUACCGACAAAGUUAACACUAUUGACGAAAGUCCAAGAGUCUCAGAACAAAAUGGCGACGUGCCAUCACCAGCUCCUGGUAUUUCUGUGAAAUCAGACAACCUAGGUUGUGAUGGGUCGUUAGAGAAUACGGGUUCAGAGACUAUUCAAAUCCUUGCUGAUGCCUUACCCAAGAUUGUUCCCUAUGUUCUAAUAAAUCAUCGAGAGGAGCUCCUGCCUCUUAUGAUGUGUGCAAUCGAACGUCAUCCUGACGGCAGUACUAGGGAUUCAUUAACACAUACAUUGUUUAAUUUGAUUAAACGUCCGGAUGAGCAGCAGAGACAGAUCAUAAUGGAUGCUUGUAUUAGUCUGGCUAAGAAUGUUGGCCAGAUGAGAACAGAAACGGAGUUACUUCCUCAGUGCUGGGAACAAAUAAAUCACAUGUAUGAGGAGCGCAGACUGCUUGUUGCUCAAUCUUGUGGACAGAUUGCAGAAUUUGUGAGGCCUGAGAUCCGGGAUUCUUUAAUUCUUUCUAUUGUGCAGCAACUAAUUGAGGAUGCUGCAAGUGUUGUUCGAGAUGCUGCUGCUCAUAAUUUGGCUUUGCUGCUUCCACUAUUUCCAAACGCGGACAAAUAUUUCAAGGUUGAAGAGUUGGUGUUCCAGCUGGUUUGUGAUCCCUCUGGGGUGGUGGUCGAAACUACACUCAGGGAGCUGGUUCCUGCAGUAAUAAAAUGGGGAAACAAUUUAGAACACGUUUUGAAAGUUUUGCUGUCUCAUGCCUUAAGCUGUGCUCAGCGUUGCCCUCCUAUUUCUGGUGUUGAAGGCUCACUGGAGUCGCAUCUACGGGUCUUAGGAGAACGUGAACGCUGGAAUCUUGAUGUUCUAUUGAGAAUGCUAAUUGAGUUACUUCCACUAAUCCGUCAAAAGGCCACUGACACUUGUCCAUUUCCUCCUGUUUUGGAGUCAAAUGACAACACCUUUUCUGAUGCCUUGCUAGACCUGUAUGCAGGGGGACAUGUGGAAUGGCCUGCGUUUGAAUGGAUGCAUGUGGACUGCUUUUCUGACCUGAUAAACCUGUCGUGCAUGUUACAUCGGAAGGAGGACAAUCUGAGAAACAGAAUUACAAAGUUCUUAUUAGCUGUCGGACAAAGUUAUGGGGAUUCGUAUCGUGUUCAUAUAAUGCUGCCUGUAUUCUUGGUAGCCGUCGGUGAUGAUGCUGACUUUACCUUUUUCCCUUCAGCUAUACAUUCGAGAAUCAAAGGUUUGAGGCCUAAAAGUGUUGUUGCUACAAGACUGGCUACAACGUGUGUUCUACCACUUCUCUUGGCAGGCAUUUUAGGUUCUCCCAGUAAACGUGAUCAGCUAGAAGACUACUUGAGAAAGCUGUUAGUUGAUAACCACCUGAAUGAGAAUCAAUCAACUAGGCGCUACGCUGAUGUCAUUGAUGCUGUUCGGUUUCUGUGUUCUUUUGAACAGCACCACGGCAUGAUAUUCAAUAUCUUGUGGGAAAUGGUUGUUAGCUCAAGUAUGGAUAUGAAAAUCAACGCUGCCAAUCUGUUAAAAGUUAUCGUGCCAUAUGUCGAUACAAAGGUUGCUUCAACCCACGUGGUACCUGCCCUUGUAACUCUAGGGUCCGACCCGAAUCUGAAAGUGAAGUAUGUCAGCAUAGAAUCAUUUGGAGCUGUGGCACAACAUUUCAAGAACGAUGUGAUUGUUGAUAAGAUACGAGUUCAAAUGGAUGCCUUUCUGGAUGACGGAUCACAUGAAGCAACAAUAGCUGUUGUCCGAGCAUUAUCAGUAGCCGUGCCACAUACAACUGAGCGUCUUAGAGAUUAUAUCCUCAAAUUUCAGAAUCGCCAUUACUUGCAUCAAUUUGUGUUCUGUACAGAUUACCACUGUAGGUCACUUGUUUCCUUAACGUUCCUUACAUCUCCUUUCGAAAAUUUUCCAUUUCUCUGCCGUCCCAACAUCACCAGGUGACAUUACUCGUCGCGGGGAGAGGGCUAAUGCAUUCUGUGAAGCAAUUCGUGCCCUGGAUGCCACAGAUCUCUCGGUUAACAGUGUGCGUGAAUACCUGCUGCCAACGAUACAAAACAUGUUAAAGGAUCCAGAAGCCCUAGACCCAGCUCACAAGGAAGCCCUUGAGAUAAUAAUGAAGGAAAGAUCAGGUGGGACCUUGGACACCAUAAGCAAGGUGAUGGGAGCUCAUCUAGGGACUGGGAUAGCAUCAUCGGUUACCAGUUUCUUCGGAGAGAGCGGGCUGUUGGGGAAGAAAGAAACCGCAGAAUCAUCUCCACAACAGUCGGCGCCUCCAUCUCCCAAUGCUGCUGCAACGCUUCCUCCCCAACCAGCAGAAGAUACAAGAUUCAUGCGAAUCAUGAGGGGUAACUUCACCGACAUGCUGAGGGGUAAAGGGAAGAACCCAGAUGAAGCACCACAUUAGGAGCUGACAGUGUCUUCUCUCAGUUCUCGCAGUAGCAUAGAAAGUUUGAAAGCCUUUCCCAUCGAUCGUGCACAGGAGUUUCAAGGAACAGGAUGGAGAUUUGAGAACUUGGACGAUGAAACGAUUGUAAUACGAGAGCACCUGGUGCAUUUAUCUGUGGAAAAGCCUGACAUAACUCCUUGUUCCUUUUCCAGCAUUCAUUUAUUGGACAUCUUGGGCAGCCAGUUAGAAAUUUCUUUAGUUCCUUGUGAUGGUUAGUCAGUCUUCUUUUCUGAAGAGGGUUAUGAAGACUGAUUCCUUGGUCAGUUAAUAAAUUGAUUGGUGUUUUUUGGUUCUUCUAACCUGCAUUUUGGUAUGUGUUAAAGUGGAACACACUAGCUGGAAAAAUCAAUCCAUUGGAAAUGGACCAAAAUUUUUGUCAAGAAUGGGAUUUGAACCCAUGCCCUUUCGGACCAGUACCUGAAACUGGCGCCUUAGACCAACUCGGCCAU